GACGCCUCCGGUCAUUUUCACUUCCCUCCCAUCAUUGCAAAGAGCGAAUGAUUGCUGGCCGCAAGUUCCCCGGCGGGCCUAGACGGACGGGACGGAGCGUCGGCUUGUUCGCCGGAUGGAGAGCUUCGUCGAGCCGCCGGAGCAGGAACGCCUCCUCGCGCUGGACGGAUGCGCGCUCAAGAGGAAGCGGGGAGCCCCGGAGGUGACGUCGUCGGAGAAGGUGGAGGACGGGCCGCUGGGGCCGGCGCCUGUCGGCGGCGACGGAGGAGUCGGGGAGGGAGAUGCGCGGGGACUGACGUGCUUGUCGCAUGGGUCGAUGUCGGUGAUCGGGAGGCGGAGGUCGAUGGAGGACGCGGUGACGGUGGCGCGGGGCGCGGUGGCCGGGAAGCUGGGCUGCUACGACUUCUUCGGGGUGUACGACGGGCACGGCGGCGCGAACGUGGCGAACGCUUGCCGCGACCGGCUGCACAAGCUGCUGGUGAAGGAGAUGGAGGGGAGGGCCGACGUCUGCGGCGGCGACGGAGGCGGAGAGAGCGAGUGGAGGAAGGUGAUGGAGGCGUCGUUCGGGAAGAUGGACGAGGAGGUCGGAGGGAAGGGGGUGGACGCGUCGACGAGGAUGGCGGGGUCGACGGCGGUGGUGGCGGUGGUGGGGAAGGAGGAGGUCGUGGUGGCGAACUGCGGGGAUUCGCGAGCGGUGUUGUGCCGCGGCGAUGUGGCCGUGCCCUUGUCUGUUGAUCACAAGCCUGACAGGCCAGAUGAGAAGGAGAGAGUGGAAGCAGCUGGAGGAAGGAUCAUAGAUUGGAAUGGAUCCCGUGUCCUCGGCGUGCUUGCUACAUCGAGGUCAAUAGGAGACUAUUAUCUGAAGCCAUUUGUGAUAGCGGAGCCGGAGGUCACGGUAAGCAAGAGAACAGAGUUGGACGACUUCCUCGUGAUAGCAAGCGAUGGCUUAUGGGAUGCACUCUCUAAUGAGGUUGCCUGCCAGGUCGUGAGGAGAUGCCUCAAUGGACGAAUAAAGAGAAGGUUCCCUGAGGAGCUGAGAGGAAGUAACGCCGCCGAGGCAGCGGCAGUGCUAGCCGAACUGGCCAUGGCUCGAGGUAGCCAGGACAAUAUCAGCGUGAUUGUGGUCGAGCUGAAGAAACCAAACUCGAAGAGUCCUUAAAAAGAAGUUACUCUUCAUUUGGGCGGGUUCCAAUGACCUCCCGGCACCAUGUAAACUAGCAAAAAUGUAAAUAGGUACUCUGCGACUGAGAAUGUUUCUAGUUGGGCUAUCGAUGUUCAACUUGUUUUUUUCCCUUGUACUGACUUCAAGUUGAUAUUAAAAUGCCACAUCCUUCAUGUUGUUUAUC